CAAAACACAUCAGAAAACGAGCUCUCUCAGAUCAUCCGGCAAGAUGUCACGUGGCGCUCGGAGGCUCUUCCUGCUAUCAUUGCUCUGUUUCAAUGUUCUGGUAGUGAGUGUUGUUGGGAGAGAUGUAGUGAGAGUGACGGAGGAAGAUGGUGAAGAGAGUGAGAAGUUUCUUGGUGAUGGUAAGGGAGGUGGGUUUGGGGGAGGUUUUGGUGGAGGCACUGGUAAUGGGGGUGGGUUUGGGGGCGGUUUUGGUGGAGGCACUGGCGGUGGAGCUGGUGCUGGGGGAGGGUUUGGCGGUGGAAUCGGUAAAGGGGGUGGAAUUGGUGGAGGUGGUGGAGGUGGCGGUGGCGGUGGGUUCGGUAAAGGCGGAGGCGGCGGUGUAGGCGGCGGUGCUGGUGGUGGGUUUGGUAAAGGUGGGGGCGGCGGUGCUGGGGGUGGUUUUGGUAAGGGUGGUGGAAUUGGUGGAGGUGGUGGUAAAGGUGGUGGGAUAGGAGGUGGCGGUGGUUUUGGUAAAGGUGGUGGUGGUGGUGCCGGUGGUGGAGCUGGUGGUGGGGGAGGUUUUGGCAAAGGUGGUGGUGGAGGUGCAGGAGGUGGAUUUGGAAAGGGUGGUGGAGUUGGUGGCGGGAAGGGUGGUGGAAUUGGUGGUGGUGCUGGCGGUGGGUUUGGAAAGGGUGGUGGACUAGGUGGCGGCGGUGGAAAGGGUGGUGGAAUUGGGGGUGGUGCUGGCGGUGGAUUCGGCAAGGGUGGCGGAAUAGGCGGCGGCGGCGGUAAUGGUGGUGGAAUUGGAGGUGGUGCCGGUGGUGGAUUUGGCAAGGGUGGUGGACUAGGAGGCGGCGGCGGUAAGGGUGGUGGAAUUGGAGGUGGUGCUGGCGGUGGAUUUGGCAAGGGUGGUGGACUAGGUGGUGGUGGCGGUACGGGUGGUGGAAUUGGGGGUGGUGCGGGCGGUGGAUUUGGCAAGGGUGGUGGACUAGGUGGUGGCGGCGGUACGGGUGGUGGAAUUGGGGGUGGUGCGGGCGGUGGAUUUGGCAAGGGUGGUGGACUAGGUGGUGGCGGCGGCAAGGGUGGUGGAAUUGGUGGCGGUGGCGGUGAGGGUGGUGGAAUUGGUGGUGGCGCUGGCGGCGGAUUCGGCAAGGGUGGUGGACUAGGCGGCGGUGGUGGUACGGGUGGUGGAAUUGGUGGCGGUGCUGGUGGUGGAUUUGGGAAAGGUGGUGGAAUUGGCGGAGGUACCGGGGGAGGAAUUGGCGGAGGAGUGGGAGGAGGCUCAGGAGGUGGGUUUGGCAAGGGUGGUGGAUUCGGUGGAGGUGUUGGCGGUGGUGCUGGAGGUGGUUUUGGCGGUGGGGCUGGCGGAGGUGGUGGAUUUGGUGGCGGUGGCGGUGGCGGAGGAGGUGGUGGGAUUGGUGGAGGAUCUCAUUGAGCGUGCUACGUUGCAUGGCCACCUUCUUACUUUCUCGUUUUAUUAUCUAGUGAAUUGCUAUCUCAUCGUUAGAUUUUAAUAUCAAAUAAUUUACUAUUAAUCAUGUAUUCUUAUAGAAAUAUCAAAUGAGAGUGUCUAUGUUUUCUAUCUA